AUGGCUGGAGAACACCCCGAACUUGUUCGCAUUCUGGUAGAUGAACGUGAUAUGUAUUUAGCCAAAUCAAUUUGGUCUGUCACCGGAAUGCCGUAUUUCAGUAAGCUGAAUAAUUCCAAGACGCAAUCUGCGUCUCUUUCGGAGAAUGAGGGACCGGUUGGUGAUAGCACAGACAUGGUUCGUCAGCGAACGACUACGGUGAACGCCGAACACAACACUGAUGCAGAGGGAGCAACGGAACACUCUGUGACAGGGAACGCGGAUAGUCCAGCCGACCUGAACCCUCACAUACCUUCUUGUUGUCCGUAUUGGCCAAGUCCAUCCGUCUUACCUCGGGUUGUUGUGGCUGUAGUCGGCAUCGGUCACGUCAGCGGUAUCAAAAAACACUGGGCUUCAGCUGAGUAUAUUGAUCAGCGUGCAUUAACCACGUGA